GGUGGAAAUACCAGGGAAAUGCAGAGCGCAGAAGGAAAGAAUCCCCUCGUUGCGAGGGCUGCGGGACCCAUGGGAGCCCCAUGAAUAGCAACGUCUACUCUCUCUCUCUCUCUCUCUCUCUCUCUCUCUUUGCCAACCAACGAACCACCACUGAUUCUAAGAGGCAAAUCGGUGCCAAGCAAAGGGAAGGCGCACGCUCCCUCUCCCCUCCCCGUAGGAGUCUCUCUCUCACUGGUGCUUAUUUAUUUUGAUGGGAGUCGUCUUAUUUGUAUCAUUUUGAUUCAUAAGAAAUGGUUUCUAUCUGAGUUUCUGGCAUGUGAUCUACUGAUCUCUACCCAAUGGGCGGGUGCCCAUUUAUGAAUCGCGAUUCUUUGUGAGGAAGCGGAUUUGGAGGUCAGGAGGAUUUGAGGAGAGGGGGAAUCCGGUUGGAGAAAGAUGGAUGGGCAAUUCAGCCAUAACCGAUCCUUCAACAAUCUGAAGAUGGCGACCACCGGAAACUCUCCGCUGCCACAGGAUAAUGAUCGGAGCAGCGGGGAGCUGCGGGCACUCGACUGCAACCUCACUUCCCUUUGCGACCACAUCCAGGUGGAGGGUUUCAAUUCCGGGGCGUUCUCCGACAUCGUCCUUCAGGCCAUGGGGUCGACAUACCGCCUCCACCGCCUGAUUCUCUCGCGCAGCUCUUACUUUAGGAACAUGCUUCAAGGUCCCUGGAAAGAGGCAAAUGCACCUAUGGUGACGCUUCAGAUUGACGAUCACAAUGUUAAUGCUGAAGCUGUGGAGAUGGCGUUGGCUUAUCUCUAUGGCCAACAUCCUAAGCUUAAUGACAGCAAUGCAUUUCGUGUUCUUGCAGCUGCAUCAUUUCUUGACCUGCAGGAUCUUUGCGCCAUUUGCACAGACUUUAUUAUCUCUGAGCUUUGGACAACAAACUUUUUGUCCUAUCAGGUUUUUGCAGAGAGUCAAGAUUAUGGAAUUCAUGGGGAACGUGUUAGAAAUGCUUGUUGGGGAUACCUUUGUCAAAGUGGCAUGGAGGAGUUAAGAGAGGUGCUUCCGAAACUUUCUUCCCAAACAUUGCAUGCUCUGCUUACAUCUGAUGAGCUGUGGGUACCUAGUGAAGAGAAAAGAUUUGAAUUGGCACUCUAUGCCCUAUUAGCUAAAGGUGCUCUUCAAAAAUUUGAACACCCUGAACAAUCAAGCUCUCUGAUGGAGUCACCUACAGAUCCAUUUGUAGUCAAAGGAAAGAACUUGAUGGAUAUCAAUACUAAUAAGCAGCUAGUAGAAACUGAGGCGGGAAGCAGUGGUUUGCACAAAAAAUGUGAAGGAAAUAAUAUUCUUUGUGAGCUUGCUGAUUGCAUGGUGGAUUUUCACAUAGUUGAGGCCGAUACCAAGCAUAUUCAUUUUCAACAUGAGUCGAGUUCACAAACAGUUCCAGCGGCUGCUUAUGUUUGCAAGAUGGAAGACCCUGCUUCAUCAAGUAACUCUUCGAGUACAAUGCAAGUCAUUAGUUCUGGUGCCUAUGUCGAGACCAAUACGGGCACCGAGAGAAGAAAUAGAGAGGGGACUGCAGAAAAACCUCACGAACAAUCCAAGGCAGCUUUCCUUGGUGAAAAUAUUGUAUGGUUUUCCAGAGAUCAUCCCAGAAGCUGCUCAUCAGGAUUGUCACCUCACAAUGGGGUCUUGUCUAGUGAGUGGGGGAAAAGCAGCCUUUCUCAACCUCCCUCAUGGGGUGGUCGAAUUGUAGGGAGAAGGGAAGUAAAAGCUUCUGCAAAGGAUACUUAUGGAAUACGUGAAGAAGACUAUGAUGCAUUCAUAAAUAUAUUUGAGGGGGGUUCUCUUCUGUACUGCCAUAUGUCAUUUGAGGGGCUGCUUAAUGCGAGGAAGCAAUUGGAGGAACUGGGUUUUCCCUGCAAAGCUGUUUGUGAUGGCCUGUGGCUUCAGGUGCUUCUCAGUCAAAGAGUACAAGAAAUUGGUGCUGAUACUUGCAAUAAAUGCAGCUUCAGCAGCUUGUCUUGUAUAUGUCGGCAGUCAUAUAGAUACUCUCAAGGUGUCAGUCCCCCUACCUACUACAGGCAAGAUCAUGAACGGAAUGGCACUCCUAGCAACAUGAAUGAUGUGUAUCUUGCUGAUGCUCAAGGUGAAGGUAGUGGACUGCUUAGACCUGUACGUGUGCAUGUACAAGCUCCUAUGGAUGGGCUUGCUGGUAUAGGACGAGGUGAUGGGCUGACAGCCCUAGUAGGUCUUAGCCAGGGGAACAAUGCCUCGCCCAUUCAGGUAGAACAGUCUGACAGAGUAUAUGAGUCAGAUCUCCAAAGCAGAUACUCUGGAGUUGCUGCUGUCGUUCCAUUUAACACUGACAUUCCCAGGGAGAUACUGGAACCAGAGGAGCCUACUGCUGUAGUUGAUUGGGAAAAUUCUGAUGGCUGCUCAAUAUCUUUAGAUCUGAAGACACAGUUGCGAAAGUUUCCUCCUUUCCGAUUUGGGGUCGAAUUCCAAGAUGUACAUAGGCUUGCAGAUGGACAAGUGAAGCACUCUCCUGAAGUAUUUUAUGCUGGUUCAUUAUGGAAGGUAAGUGUUCAGGCAUUUAGUGAUGAAGAUCCACAAGGGCGCCGCACCCUUGGUUUGUUUCUUCAUCGGCGCAAGGCAGAAACAUCAGAUCCACUCAGAAAGGGUCAUCUAUAUGUGGAUUCUAGGGAAAAAGUCACAGCUCGAUAUCAGCUGAUUUGCCCAUCAAAGAGGGAGGUCAUGGUGUUUGGAAAUUUCAAACAAACUGGGACUCUUUUGCCUAAAGCUCCCAAGGGAUGGGGGUGGCGGACUGCUUUGUUGUUUGAUGAACUCCCCGAUCUUCUCCAAGGUGGAGCCUUGCGCGUGGCUUCUGUUGUUCAAUUGGUGUGAUCAUCUACAAUCAUAAGAUGUACAAGUUCAUGAUCAUGCUUUUUUGUCUACUUCGGAAAUUCCAAUGAGAUUAACCAGAUCAAGCAGUUGGGAGUGGAAUUCAGUCUGUAUUGAAGCUAGGCCUCGGUGCUGUGAGUCACUCUGCUGGCCAACCUGGCUUUCUGUCAAGCAGGCUCCUCUGCACUUGAAAGUGAUGAUGGCCCUCCAGUUUUCAGCAAUGUGAGGACACAGCAUCAAGGGAUUGGCACAUCAAAUCCGAGUUCUUUUUUAUCAUGCAUCAUAUUGAGCCUCAGCUGAAUUGUGAGCGUGGUCAUCUGGAUCCCCUUCCCCCAUGGCGCCACCAUCUUCUUGUACAAAGAAAAUCUGCUUUUUUGCCUAUAAGUUUGGGCUUCUCAGCUUCAACCUCAAGGAAAAUCUUCAUUCUGAACAAUGUAAUAAGUGAUUCAAUUGAUGUAAAUCUACUUUUGUCCAUUUAGUACACUGAGCCAACUUUGUAAGUGGAGGCAUCAUGGUCUACUGCCUUUUUAAGUUGGUAUCAGUUAAUCUCUCUUUUCACUGCGUUUUGCUAAUGGGAUCCUGUGAAUCUUCUUUGCUUUUUG